ACGAAUGAGUCAGAAAAAACUAAGAAAGAAAAGGGUACUAAUGGGGAAUUCAAGCUGGUCGAUCCAGACGAGGUCGCCCGACGUUGGGGUGAACGAAAGUCCAAACCAAAUAUGAACUAUGACAAAUUGAGCCGAGCACUGCGAUACUACUAUGAUAAAAAUAUCAUGAGUAAAGUGAGUACCAGGGUGCAAAUUGUAUUUUUCCGGUUUAAAUUUCCCGGCCCAUUACUGUCAUACCGACGUUUAGAGAACCUGGAAAUAUCAACUUUUUAUGGCUACUUUAAUUAUGAAUAA